AUGAAUAAUUUACCGUUUGAUGAUUGUGUAGAUCAAGCAUAUGAUGAGGGUUCAAAUAUAACUGGCAAUUAUCGAGGUUGUCAGACAUUACUUAAACAGAAAUGUCCAGAUGUAGAAUAUUAUCAUUGUGCUAACCAUUGUCUCAAUUUAUCACUGAUUGAUAGUUGUACUAUUUCACAGAUUCGUAACAUGAUAGGAACAAUCAAAGAAAUAAUGAGUUUUUUUAAAGAUUCACCAAAAUAA